UUGAAAUUAUCUUCUUAUGUCCCAUUAUAUAACAAAGCGGGCACAUGUUAAUCUAGAAAAUAAUAUAUUUAUAUAAAUGCAGAAAUUCCUUCUUUUUCCGAGAGUAAAUUUUGAAGCACUGAACGCUGCCGUCAUUCACAUCGUAAAUAUGUUUAUUACAUGUAAUAUGUGUCAGGAGGGUUGCGUGGAGGUACUAAAAAUUCCCAUGGUACGUUUUUCCACCUUUUUGUUUAUUCUGUAAUUACAGUAAAAAUAUCUCAAAAUAACUUUUGAUGCCAAUCAAAGCGCACUCUGUUUGCCUUGCAGUUCAGCCAGUCACUUACGAAUUUAUUUUUAAAUAAGGGUUUGAUAAAGAGAGGGCUAAUAGACACGGUUAGGCGGAAGGAAAUGUUGAUUUAGGCUGUCUCGGGGUCCUCGGGGAUCGCCUCGGCCGAUCGCUAUCUUUCGGAACAAAAUCACGCAAUGGGUUGACAGACGGAGGAAGCGCUUGCGCCGCGCUUUUUGUUUUUUACUGCUCUCUCCGUGGAAAUGCGAAUUCGUUCAGUGAGCCAUGCCCGCGCUGGUACAGCGGGCCCGCUGGGAGACCUCUCAGCGGCCCUUGUUCGUCAAGACGGUGUGGCAGAAUGGCGUCCGACACGCCAUCCUUUCCAAAGACGAUCCACUUUUUGCAAAAAACGAGCCGGCGCCAAACCGAUUCAGCAAAAUUCUGCUGUCCCAAUCUGCUCCAGAAGUUCCGGCGCCGAUGCGACCGCGUCCCAGUGAACUCGAAAGGUGUCUCAUGAAACUCCAACUGGUGCUCGCCUCCGAACCAAAGGUUGCAAUAAUUUCAGAGAAGAAAAGAUCUCCAGACUUUCCCAGCCCCGAGGAGGAAGUUUUUCCGCUUUUGCCAGUUGAAGCAGAGGAGGAACCGUGUCCGAAACGUAUUGUCUUGGAAGAAUUGGAAACGAGCAGCAGCGAAACGUCUUCGGCCUCUGAAAGUGAAAACAAAGAAAACCAGUGCGAGGACGAGGAAGACGCUGAAGAAUUUGAUCUUCCGAAUUACAACAACUGGCUGCCAGAUUUGAAUCCACUGUCUGAAAGGGUGCUGCAGUGGCUGGAGAGGGAGGCGAAGAGAAAUAGACCAAGGGUGGUUGAUUUGAGGACUCUGAAGAGGGCGCAAAAGUCGCCUAUGAGUAGACCGUCUACACAAUCGUCUCCUCUUAAGCAGCCUAGAAUCAGGGUUAAGAGAAAACUGCCUGCAAAAUGGUCAUCUAAACUUGGCAAUAAUGAAACGCUGGCAAUUACAGCCCAAUCUGUUCCUCGGAAGCUCGCUGCAGGCCUGAAACCUGUAAUCACUGUCACCCCAGUGAAGUCAUCACCCUCGAUCCACUGGGCAAACGAUCAGCAAUCCAGAGGUCGACCGCAGCUACACGUUUUUAUACCUCGAAUUGAUAGUGACGCAAUCAGUGACCAUUCAAGUGACAGGUAGCUGUGUUGAGAGUAAAAACUUUGACUGCGAAUUAUGUGCAAUUUUUGUAUAUAUUUAUAAACUAGCUUUGUGGAUUUGCUUGCUGAAAGAAAAGUCUGAAUUUGAGCUUUGCUUGAAUAAAUUAAAUGUAAUUGUUGUUCCUCAAUUCACACUUUUGU